UCCUCCGACACCCCACUCCAAUUUGCCACCAACCGCAACCACAUCUUGCGCAAAGAGCUCGAGCACAACCUCCAGCUCCACGGUCAGUUCUUGGCCAAUGGCGACAGCAACCUCAAUAAGCUUCGUUCAAUGCUCUUUCAGAACUUCGAACAGCUUUCCCAGGGGUACUAUUCCGUCAGUGAGCUCUACUCGCGUGAAAUCGAGCUGGUGGAGUCGCUCUUUGCCAAUUUCGAAAGGUGGGACAACAAGCGAACCAAGAUCUUGGACAAGAUCAGGUCGAUCAAAAACCCCGACAAGAAGUACGGCAUCAAGUUGACUCAGCUUUUGGAUAAAGCCAGCGAUAUCGAUACCGAGAUCCUCGAACUCGAGACCCGUUUGGCCACCUUGCGGAACCAUAAGACAGUGAUCAACUCGGAGAUCGAGGUCACCAGCUCGGUGCUCGAAAGCAAAACAUCCAGAUAUGUCGAAAUGCUACGUGGGCUUGAAAAUCAGGGAAGACAGGCCAUGCUCAGUUUCCUCAGCACCAGUGGAGUGCCACUCACAGAAGUGGAUAAUGUGGUCAAAACCGUACCGAUAGACAUCACCUUUAUCCACGAGUACAACAACAUGAAAAGCGAAUCCAUAAUAAAGACCCCACCUGCCCCACUCCCUGCAAAACACGAGUCCAUUCAUAGAAGCACAAUGGGCAUACAGCCCUUAAUAAUACCAGAGGAACCGCCCACCCAGACGUCUCCACCAGCCAUAAAGAGUGACCCCAAGGACAAGGAGCUCUGGAACCAUGGCUAUGGGCCUAGUGCAUACGAAAAGGGCUACGAGAAGGGUGUGCAGGUAUCCUCGACAGUCAAGCAACAUAUUGAACUGUUUCUACAAAACUUCGUUCGUUCUCCCGAUAGUGAAUAUACGGGAAAAAGGGUCCCCCAGGCAAAGGUGGACGACGACACCAACACUAUCCGAGAAAAACUUGAUUUGGAGCCCAUAGUCCGGUUGUUAGACCAUAAAUUGAAUGCAUUAAACGAUUUGAACCAGCAGGCAUCCACAGACGCAAUUUUGUUCCAUGAGUACAGUGUCGUGUGGUCGGACAUUGUGCAAAGAGUCAAAGUCCAGGAGGACCGAUUGGAAGACUACAUGACAGAAUCGGUACCAUCUCCAGACACUUCCGAUCCAACAAUAUCAAGAAUACUCACCGACACAUUGACCUACAUCCAAUCCCAGCUACUGUCUAUGCAAACCACGUUGGCUAAAUCAACAAAACACAACCCCUUGAUUCGGGCAAUUGGAGAUGAAGUGGAUGCCAUUUUUUCAGCUUUAGCAAUGGUUUCUAAGGAC